AAAAAAAAAAUAUUAGUAACCUUGUAAACAACACUGUUGGAAUUGUCUUCUACAGCUGUCCACACUUUGGAAGUAAGCUAGCAGACAUGCCUUGGCGAAUGGGUCUCGUGUUUCGCCCCGCUCCGACUAUAGGGGAGCUAAGAAGUGGUUCCCCAAGACUGGUUGAGCUUAAUGACUUCAUCCGCCAACUUCACAAGAAAAGACUGGUUGAAGUCCUCAGUUUUUGUGAAACAAAGGUAACUCCAAUUGUUGAAGGGUAUGGAGGAUGGGCCUGGAGGAUGGAAAUUGUACCUAUAGAAUCAGCAUACCCUGGAUUUGGUGAUCUUGUUGUGUUGGAGUCAACAGAUCAUAUAAAUUCUUGCAAGCCAAUCAACCGGGAUGAUCCUUCCUAUACUGAGACAUUAGAAUUUUUACGCAAGCUAACAGCCCGGUAUUCAAAAUGAGAUGCUUCACUGUGAUUUUAUAUACUUGAAAAUUGACGUUGAUUAUCAUGCAGGAUGGUUAGUUUGCAUGGUGAUUGAAACAAAAUUUGACAUUCUUGAGGGCAAUUCAUCAGCAACUCAUAGUAGCUACUAAUUAGAUUACUGAACUAAAGGAGAUGAAGCUUGCUGACGAGACGAUGCAUUCUUUUUCAGUUAGAGAGGAAAGAAAAUUCUUUUUUCACAUUUUUUUUCCUCGUGUUUUUCAGAUUAAAUCUGUAAAUUAACUUUGUACAUCAUUUAUCAUGUAUUAUUGCUUCUGUAAAUAAGCCUGCACGUAGUUGGUGUAGGUGUUGUAUAUAAUUUCAAAUAUUUAAUUCCCAAAACAAGGGAUUAAUAAAUAAUUUAAAGAAAGCAUUCUUGCUAA